AUGGUUUUAGAAGACCUGAACGAGUGCAGCGAUCCUGACCAGCACGACUGCGACGAGCACGCCGAGUGUAGCAACGUGUUCGGCAGCUUCCUCUGUCGCUGUCAGCCCGGAUACGACGAUAGGUACCGCAGCGACGUGCAGAGGGCCGGCCGGUACUGCGACUCGUGCACUGACGACUACUGCAGCGACCGCGGCACCUGCCAGAUCUACGACGGGGAGAAGACCUGCCUAUGUCGCGGCUCGUACUACGGCGCGCGUUGUGACGUGGACGGCGAGGUGCUGGGCGCGGCGCUGGGCGCCACAGCCGCAGCCGCCCUCGUUAUCGUGGCCACCUUCAUCUGCCUCUGCAAAUGGAGCAAACGCUGGCACCGCGGCCAGGGCCACAACAAGGUCGAGAUGGGCACGCUGGGCGCCGCCAGCGGCUACUCCUUCAUGAAGCCGUCGGCGGCGGCCGCGGCGCACGCCAACUUUGCCCUCUCGAUGGAGGAGCGCAUGCGCUGGGCGCAGAUGGCUGAGGCGAUGGGCCACCAGAAUCUGUACGCGGUCCCCAUGUACGCCUCCCACCCAGCGCUGAACCGCUCCGGCACCGUGCACUCCUCUAUGCCACGCCACCCGCCCGGGGCCGUGCACCUCUCGCUGGCGCGCAGCCGCGCGGGUGCCGUUCACUCCUCCCUAGACUACAUCCUGACCCCAGUGGUGGCGGCGCCGCGCUCUCGACACGGAUCGGGCGGCGGCGCCUUCUCCCGCACCCUCUCCCUGCCUCCCCAGCAGCGGGUGGCCUCGCCCAAGGCCGGCCCCUGGUGGCUGCCCGCCCGCCUCCGGGCCAGCAAGAAGACGCUGUCCAGGAGCGGCGAAAAAGUUAGUAGCCGGCGCGACCCGGGCGGCUGGUUCCCCUCCGCUAACACUAGACCUAGAAGCGCGGCGGGCGCCGCGUGUCGCCAGCCGCUCUCGCUCGACAGCGGAGUGAAUGCGGCGCUAUGGAGCGGAGCGAUGACCAUUUGCUGA